UGCUGUAUUUGGAAUCUUGUAAGGGAUUGGACAAAUUCUGCAUGUUUCAGAUCUGCGGAUAAUGAUGUCUACGUGUUUGACGUCUAAAACUUGCUUCUGGAAUUGGAUCCCCCGUACACAUAUUGAAAGGCUGUAGUGAAGCUAUCCUGUGUGUCCAGGUUUCAAACAAGCAAUAAAAAUGAGUUUUUAAGAUGGAAAAGGUUGUUUAUAUGUGUUGACUAGCAAUUUAACAGUGGUAUAUAUCUGUUUCAGUGGUCUCCGGAUAGAUCAUCCUGUCUUAUGCAGAGGAUGGUGUCUUGAAUAUCUGGGAUUAUGAAAAGGGAUAAGAUUGUCGACUUCCAAUGGAAUUAAUCAGCCCCGUGGACAGUUUUCAGCGUGUCCGAUGAUGGUGGACAAGCUGGUGGAGGAGGUACUCUACAGAUGGGGUCGGCAACUGGAAGAAUCUACUUACAAGUAUCCUCAGCACUUCUACCUUGGUGAACAGACUGAUGGUAGCGUUCCUAAUACACUUCUCAUAGCAAAGUGUGAUGUUGUCAAACGUAGGGUUGCAGCAGCAGAGCAUAUAGCAAAGUUCGAUGAAAAUGCACGCUCACCGUUUGUCAAAAUUUGGAAAACCAUUUUACAUCCUGGAGAGGUGAAUCGAAUCAGAGAACUACCAGAGAAUAACAAGAUUGUGGCCACACAUACUGACAGUCCUAAUGUUCUCAUUUGGAAUGUCGAAACUCAGUAUAGGCGUGAACCCGUUAAAGGUGCCAAAGCAUCUCGUCCAGAUCUGGUACUGAUUGGCCAUCAAGAUAAUGCUGAUUUUGCACUAGCCAUGAGCCAAACAGAGCAUUUUGUGCUCUCUGGAGGGAAGGACAAGUUAGUUGUUUUAUGGAGCAUCCAUGACCACAUCUCUUCACUGGCAUUAAAUUGUGGACCUAUGCGGUCUACAGACAACCGCACUGUUCGAGCUCGAGGUAUUUUCCAAGGGCACAGGGAGACUGUUGAAGAUGUUCAGUUUUGCCCUUCAAGUGCUCAGGAGUUCUGCAGCGUUGGUGAUGAUUGUUGUCUUAUCCUAUGGGAUGCAAGAACUGGCUCUGCUCCUGUGGUUAAGGUUGAAAAAGCUCACGAGGCUGAUCUUCACUGUGUAGAUUGGAACGCGAAUGAUGCAAAUCUCAUUUUGACUGGAUCUGCUGAUAAUAGCAUUUGUAUAUAUGAUCGUCGGAAACUCUCUUCUGGAGGAGUCAGAUCCCCUGUACAGAUAUUUCAAGGCCAUAGUGAUGCUGUCCUGUGUGUCCAGUGGUGUCCAAGCAAGACAUCUGUCUUCGCCAGUGGUGCAGAGGAUGGUAACUUAAACAUCUGGGAUUAUGAGAAGGUGGGCAAUGCUGGAACAAGACCUUCAAAUUGUCCCCCGGGCCUAUUCUUUCAGCAUGCUGGACACAGGGGAAGGGUCGUCGAAUUCCACUGGAACGCAUCAGAUCCUUGGACAAUGAUGAGCCUUUCUGGUGAAAAAACUGGGCGCGGAGGUACAUUACAGAUAUGGCGGGUGAUGGACAUGCUUUACCGUCCAGAAGAGGAUGUCCUAGCUGAACUGAAUGAGCUGAAAUCUCAUGUGCGGAUUUGCUCGUCUUGAGAAACUAAACUUGUGGUGUUGUUGAAUUCUAUUCAAGGACUUGAAAAAUAUUUCAGGGUUUAAUUUUACAUGAGAUUGUAAUGAUGAUAAAACUAGAAGUUUUUGCUGCUGCAUUAAACU